UAUUCCAAGCUACAAAAUUAGAACUCCAUUACUUCGUCAGUAGGAAAUGGGGAAUAAAGUCAAUAAUUUGGUAAUGAUAAAGAAAAAGAAAGAAAAAACAAAGUCGUUAUUACAUAAUUAAAGUAAACUAUGUGCUUUCACACACGAGCUUCAUUUUGCCUUUGUAUACUUUUGAGUAGAUAGAUAGACAGACUAUAGUCUAUAUAAGAUCCAUGUGACAAUAGUUAAAAUCCUCAUAUUUUCAUUUCCAAUGGAGCGCAAAGUCUUGAAUACCCUCGCCUUCUCCGUCUUUGCCGUUCUCUUCUUCACCUCCUCUGCUUCUUCCCAAUACCAAACUCUUGUCGUCAACACUCUUCCUUCUUCCGCAACACUCUCAUGGCCCGAGUCCGAAUCUUUAACUGAUGAAUCUUUAUCCGAGUCCACAACUUCACUCUCUGUCCAUUUAUCACACGUGGAUGCUCUGUCUUCCUUCUCCGACGCAUCUCCGGCGGACCUCUUCAACCUCCGUCUCCAACGAGACUCUCUCCGCGUCAAAUCUAUUACCAGCCUCGCCGCCGUAUCAACCGGACGAAAUGCUACGAAAAGAACUCCACGUACCGCCGGUGGAUUUAGCGGCGCAGUUAUCUCUGGCCUCUCACAAGGAAGCGGAGAGUAUUUUAUGAGGUUAGGUGUUGGAACUCCGGCGACUAACGUUUACAUGGUGCUCGACACAGGAAGCGACGUCGUUUGGCUCCAAUGCUCUCCUUGCAAAGCCUGUUACAACCAGACCGACGCCAUUUUUGACCCGAAGAAAUCCAAAACUUUCGCCACCGUACCAUGUGGAUCUCGCCUUUGCCGGAGACUAGACGACUCGUCGGAAUGUGUCACUCGUCGAAGCAAGACUUGUCUCUACCAAGUAUCGUACGGUGACGGAUCAUUCACCGAAGGAGAUUUCUCAACUGAAACGCUGACGUUUCAUGGAGCGCGUGUUGAUCACGUGCCGUUAGGAUGCGGUCACGAUAACGAAGGCUUGUUCGUUGGUGCGGCUGGGCUUUUGGGCUUGGGCCGUGGUGGGUUAUCUUUCCCGUCGCAGACGAAAAACCGUUAUAACGGAAAAUUCUCUUACUGUUUGGUUGACCGGACGAGUUCCGGUUCUUCUUCUAAACCACCGUCAACAAUCGUGUUUGGAAACGCCGCCGUUCCGAAAACCUCUGUUUUCACGCCGUUACUAACGAACCCGAAACUCGACACGUUUUAUUACUUGCAGCUUCUUGGAAUCAGCGUUGGUGGUUCGCGCGUUCCCGGCGUUUCGGAGUCGCAGUUCAAGCUUGACGCCACCGGAAACGGCGGUGUCAUUAUAGAUUCCGGUACUUCGGUUACUCGGCUGACGCAACCUGCUUACGUAGCGCUUAGAGACGCUUUUAGACUUGGUGCUACGAAGCUGAAACGUGCUCCAUCGUAUUCUUUGUUCGACACGUGUUUUGAUCUCUCGGGAAUGACGACUGUGAAGGUUCCGACGGUUGUGUUUCAUUUCGGAGGCGGAGAGGUUUCGCUUCCGGCGAGUAAUUAUCUGAUCCCGGUUAACACUGAAGGACGGUUCUGUUUUGCGUUUGCCGGAACUAUGGGGAGUUUGUCAAUCAUUGGAAACAUACAGCAACAAGGUUUCCGGGUCGCUUAUGACUUGGUCGGGUCACGGGUCGGGUUUUUGUCUCGCGCGUGUUAGAUUUUGAGCUUGAGUUGACUGAUUUAUUCCCAAAGACUUUUUGGGAGAAAAUUGACAAAGCAAAUUAUCAAACAUUGUUAUCAUCAUCGACUAUCAUACUACUCAUUAGUCAUCAUUCAUGAAGAUCCCUAGAUUAAAUAUUGUACUAGUACUUCUGUACUGUCAAAAGUCAAAGAGAAGUGAAUCUUAAAGGUGCUUUUGUCCUUUGAAAUUUCUUAAACCAAAAUGAAAUUAUUGGUAAUUCACUAGCUUAAGUGCUCGUUUUAAAGUGAAAUUCAAUGUAUCUUCUCAUCUUGCUUUGGAUUAGUAGCGAUUAUUUUUUUCCUUCUUUUCAUAACUCAUCCUACUAUUGUG